AACCUUAAGCAUAAGAUCCCCCGCCCUCAGUAUAUUAUUACUACAAACUCACUUUCUACCACCAACCUGAAAACCCUAACAACCAGCAACUGAGGAAAGCAUUUGUGUUUUCUUUCCCUCACUACACCAAACGAAAAUGAGUUCUCAGAUCUACAGAUCGGCUUCAAGAACUCUUAGAUCAAUUGUCUCUGCUUCUAAAAGCUCAUCUCUUUUCUCUGAAGGGAGAGCUGUAGCAGCAGCAGCAGCAACGACCUCAUUCAGAGGAAAUGUGUCUUCUCUAGCCUCAUUUUAUGGUAGGGCUAACUCAGGGAGUGCAUCAACUGGAUGGAUUUCAGGAGCCCUUGCCCUUCCUGCUGCAGCAUACAUGCUCCAAGAGCAGGAUGCACAUGCCGCCGAGAUGGAGCGUACCUUUAUUGCCAUUAAACCUGAUGGAGUGCAGAGAGGGCUGAUAUCAGAGAUUGUUGCUCGUUUUGAGCGCAAGGGGUUUAAGCUUGUGGCAAUCAAGUUGGUAGUCCCUUCCAAAGACUUUGCUCAGAAACAUUACCAUGACCUGAAGGAAAGACCCUUUUUCAAUGGCCUUUGUGAUUUCCUCAGUUCCGGCCCUGUUCUUGCCAUGGUUUGGGAAGGCGAGGGUGUCAUCAAGUACGGACGUAAACUUAUUGGAGCCACAGACCCACAAAAAUCAGAGCCAGGAACCAUCAGGGGUGAUCUUGCUGUUGUUGUUGGGAGGAACAUCAUUCAUGGCAGUGAUGGCCCUGAAACCGCUAAGGAUGAGAUCAAACUUUGGUUUAAACCCGAGGAGCUGAACACUUACACAAUUAACUCAGAGAAGUGGGUUUAUGGUGCCAACUGAUUGUCUUUCUUUCUUUCCUUCCUUUUUUAUCUUUAGAGUUUUUUCUGGGCAUAUUUUGAUCUACACCAUGUGCCUGCCUGAUUUUAAUCAGGUGUUUUGAUUAAUAACAAGAUCAAUUUUUUAGGGGUGAGAGAUCACGUUGUACUGCGUCCGGCCCCGAAAACAACCAAAAGAAUGUAAUUUCUUAAAUAAAAAUACCUGUUCUUUAUGUUGUAAUUCUCAUUAACUUUUAUC